AUGAAAUUUAAAUAACAUAUUUUAGGCUGAUAAUUGGUAGUAAAAACAAUAAUGAUUAUUGUAUAUGCAUACAAAACAAUGUUUCGAAAGAAUUCGAGGCAGUGGUUAUAAACAAAAGCCUUCAAAACAGCUUCUGUCAAUUGGUAUAAUUUGAACAGGUAGUGAAAAAAUGAUCACUUGUAGAAAGUUUUUCAAAGCAAGCGACGCAAACUGUGUAAGCCGUUUUAUACAAAAUAAUAAUUUUGCAAGCAAGUAAAGAAAAGUGAGCAAUAAAAGUUUCACAAAAUUAGGUGAGUUACAUAUAUUAUGUUUGUGGACAUGAUGAGGAACAUUUCGAAUUGGUAAUCACAACGUUACAUUUUUCCAGUCAUGGAUGCCAGUACAAGCUCUGCACCUCGGCGUGCUUUAAAAACUACCAGCGAUGAGGAUAGGCAACGCAUCAUAACGGCAUAUGAAAGUGGUGCAACACCAGCAUCAAUAGGCAAUAUGCUAAACAUAAACAAGAGCACCGUGUACGGGAUCAUCAAGCGAUAUAAGGACACCUGGCAAAUUGAAUCGAAAAAGCGCGGCGGUCAUCGUGCUAAAUCAUUGUCGAGUGAAGCCGUGGACAGUAUUCGAGACUGGAUCGACGAAGAUUGUACUAUCACCCUGAAAGCGCUGGCCGAGAAAGUGUUCCAGCAAUACGGCGUACGCGUGGUCGCUUCAACCAUUGCCAAGGAAGUGAAGGAAUUCAAUUAUUCGUUCAAAAUGAUUCAAAGGGUGCCAGAACGUCGUAACACAGCCGCAACUAUCGAGGAGCGAACAGCAUAUGCCGCCAGAUUCUACGAUAUUGCUCGUGAGGUUCCUGUAAAUGGGCUGGUGUAUUUGGACGAUGUUGGAUUCAACGUGAGUAUGCGGACAUCCAAAGGACGAUCAAGGAAAGGAACGCCAGCUACAGUUGUUGUUCCUCAACUACGCACCAGAAACGUAUCAAUUAUCUGUGCCAUGAACGCGUCCGGCAUUGUUCACUACCAGGCAUAUAAUCGCGCGGUAAACAAGGAACUAUUUACCGGAUUUAUUAUAGAGCUAAAAGACAUUUUGCGAGCUAAUGAUAUAUCUAGAAGUUACUUCGUGAUGGAUAAUGUUGCGUUUCAUAAAUGCAACUCUGUGAUAGAAACCAUCGAAGAUGGACACGACGAAGCAAUUUAUUUACCAUCUUAUUCACCCUUUUUAAACCCCAUAGAGAACAUGUUCAGUCAGUGGAAAAAUUAUGUAAAAAGAGCUGGUCCCAAUAACCAGGACGAACUAACAGAAACAAUUAGGAACGGAGCACAGUACGUCACUGCACAUGAUUGCGAGGGUUAUAUUAGAAAUAUGUGGCAUUACAUUUCACGCUGUGUUAGAGGUGAAACUAUAUUAGAUUAGGUAUAGAUUGUUAUGUUUAAACACUAGUUAUUUAGAUGUAAUAUGUAAAUACGUUCGUAUGACGAUUCGUUACAGAUGAUAUUACUUUUUCUAUUAUAUUUUUACGUUAGGGUUCAGUAUAUUUAUAACUAUAUAUCAGUCAUUUUCCUAUCCUAUAUUUCCUAUGCUGGGUUACAUAUUGGUUGCAAGAAUUUCAUUUACAGUUUUUAUACCACAAAGUUAACAAUAAUGUGCUUGAUUUAAGCAAUACCGGUGACUUAUACAACUACUUUCUGUACUUAUUCAUGGUAUUUAGAAACCAGUUAAUCAACCCAUACCACGGAACCAGCAUAUACACCAAAUUCAUAUAUUUGUUGUUGUUGUUGGACGACCAAAUUGUGCGUCCGAAAUUCUCUAGCUCAUUCACGAUCUUGUUUGCAGGUAUUACACAGGUAUCACAACGUGUUACACAAUUGGAACACAUUUCAAGCUACGCAUUCCAAAUAGCAAACAUGGAUACAUCGGAGGCUGUACCUCGACGGCGUAACAAAACUACGUCUGACGAAGAUCGAAACCGUGUUGUUACAGCGUACGAAAAUGGUGCAUCCGGCAAAGAUAUUGCAGAUAUGCUAAAUAUUAAUCGAGGAACAGUUUACAGCAUUAUUAAGAAGUAUCAAAAGACAUGGCAGGUUGCGGCUGCAAAACGUGGAGGUAACCGUCCUAAGCUCUUGCCAUAUGAUGCAGUAAAUAGCAUUCGCUUGUGGAUAGAUGACGAUUGCACGUUGACAUUGAAGGAGUUAGCGGAGAAGGUGUAUAACCAAUAUGGCGUGCAUGUCAGUACGACAACAAUUGCACGACAAAUAAAAGGAUUCAACUAUACCUUCAAAAGAAUGCACAAAAUACCCGAACGACGUAACACAGAAGAUACAAUUGCGGAACGUAGGUCGUAUACUGUGAUGUUUUAUGAAUUGGCACUGGAGAUUACCGAUACCGGCAUUAUUUUCCUCGGCGAAGUAGGAUUCAAUCUAAGAAUGAGGACAUCGCAAGGUCGAUCACGGAAGGGAACAACUCCAACCGUCGUAACGCCACAGUGGAGAUCGAAAAAUAUAUCCAUCAUGUGCGCAAUGAACAAGUACGGCAUAGUUCAUUACAAGGCGCAUACCAGGGCUGUAAACCGCGAGCUAUUCAAACAAUUCAUUAUAGAGCUCAAGGACAUAUUAAGAACGCGCGGAAUCAAUCGUUCUUAUAUGAUUAUGGAUAACGUGCCUUUUCACAAAUGUGCAGAUGUAAAGCAAACUAUCGGCGAAGAAGAAGACAAACCAUUGUACCUGCCGUCUUAUUCGCCCUUCCUAAACCCGAUAGAAAAUCUAUUUAGCAAUUGGAAAAAUUUAGUGAGACGGGCCAAUGUACAGAACGAACAGGCGUUGAUGGAAGCCAUUGCUGAUUGUUCAUCUCUAGUAAAUUCCCAGGAUU